AUGCAGGCGGACGACGCGGAGGAGGAGGAGGUCGGCACCGCCGCCCUCGCGGCGGCCGCGGUUGGCCUCGUCGCCAACCCCCUGUGCUACUGGAGCGAGUUCACGCUCGCGACGACCGGCAGCGGUCUCCCGCCGGGCCCUGGCGGCGCGCUCGGCGCCGCUGAGGGCGUCUCGUACCUCGUUGUCGUCGGUAUCGUCGCCUGGUCGCUGUACGUCAAGGUGUCGACCGGCAAGGGCCUCCCCCCGGGGCCGGCAGGGCUCCUGGGCGCUGCGGAAGGUCUCAGCUACCUGGCUCUGCUCGGCGGGAUCGGAGCGUUCGCGUACACCUCGCUGACCUGA